AUGUACGGUGGUGAUGAAGUAUCAGCUAUAGUUAUUGACUUGGGCUCUCACACUUGUAAAGCUGGUUAUGCCGGCGAGGACGCACCUAAGGCCGUCUUUCCUUCUGUCGUUGGAUCAAUUGAUCAAAUGGACGUUGAUGACACUACAAGCAACGAGAAAAAUGCUGCUGUAGAUUCUAAAAAUAAUGGCAAAGAUUCCGAGAAAGGGAAGGGAAAACGUAAACUGUAUGUAGGAUCUCAGUCCUUAGGAUUUCGACGGGAUCAUAUGGAGGUGUUAUCACCUUUCAAGGAUGGGAUUGUUGCUGACUGGGAUAUGGUGGAUAGCAUAUGGGAUCAUGCUUUCAGAGAGUGUCUAUUGGUUGAUCCGAAGGAGCACCCAAUGCUGCUUGCAGAACCUUCUUCCAACAGUCAGCAGCAGAGAGAAAGGGCAGCGGAGCUUAUGUUUGAAAAGUACAAUGUUCCUGCAUUAUUUUUGGCGAAGAAUGCGGUUCUAACAUCUUUUGCAUCAGGACGUGCCACCUCACUAGUUGUUGAUAGUGGUGGAGGAUCAACUACAAUUGCCCCAGUUCAUGAUGGUUAUGUUCUUCAAAAGGCAGUGGCAUCUUCUCCCAUUGGAGGAGAACUUCUCACUGAUUGCUUGUUGAAAAGCUUGGAGAACAAAAAAGGUAUCAUGACGGUGGAUCUUGAUUUUCCAAAUACAACUGAAAGCUACAGACUCUACUCUCAGAGAGUAAUUGCAAGUGAUAUCAAGGAAUGUGUGUGCCGAGCCCCUGAUACACCCUAUGAUGAAAGUUCAUACUCCAACAUUCCAAUGACUCCAUAUGAGCUUCCUGAUGGCCAGACAAUUGAAAUUGGAGCUGAUAGAUUCAAGAUCCCUGAUAUUCUAUUCAAUCCAUCCUUGGUUCAGACAAUUCCUGGUAUGGAUAAUUUUGCGGAGAUUGCUCCAAGUGUUCGGGGCUUGCCACAAAUGGUUAUCGAAAGCAUUAAUAAGUGUGAUGUUGAUAUUCGAAGAGAACUGUUUAGUAGUAUACUGCUUGCUGGUGGAACAGCAUCAAUGCAACAGUUGAAGGAACGGCUUGAGAAAGAUUUGCUUGAGGAGUCUCCUCAAGCUGCCAGAGUUAAAGUACUGGCAAGUGGAAAUGCAACUGAAAGGAGAUUCAGUGUAACAAUUGCUAUGAGCUCUUUGUUAUAUGAUGCUGUUAGUUACUCAGGUAUGAAGAGCAUGGGGCUUCUUAUGUACAAAGAAAAUGCCCUUGAUACACUAUUUAUGAAGGUAGCUGUGCAGAAGGUUGUAUCAGUUUCCGAGGUGGAUAGUUUUAUGGUUGGGGAAGCUGUCUUCCAUGGAUUGUCUAGGAUGUUACCGUUGACAAACAUGUACAAUGCUGUUAAUGCCAACGAUCUGUAUUAUUAUUGCUCUGACAGGAAAGAUGCAUUUGAAAAAAAGAAGCAAGGGAUUUUGGCACUGGUGUUCUUUCGCAGGUCCCCACAAUUAAAAGGUGUAGUCAUAAUUUCACUUCCACCGCCAGAUAACCCUUCUUUAGGUAAAACUAUCACUGCUUUUACACUCACCAAUGAUGACUACCCACAAUCUCACCAAACCCAAACGCAAACCCAAACCCAAACCCAUCAAGAAGAUCAGCUUCCAGUCCAACCACUACUACCACAAAACCCUCAACGCCAAUUCCCACUGUCAAGGCUCUCUCUUGGUACCCCAAGAAAGCUGUUGUCUUUUGUGUGUAUCUCUCUUUUUGCUAUUGCUAUUUACAGUUCUCUGUUUACUAAUACCUUUCAAAAAUUGGAGAGUGAUAAUAAUGAUAAUGAUGAUGAUCGAAAGCCAACGUCUUUUGUGUUUCCUUUAUAUCACAAAUUGGGUAUUCAUGAGAUUCCACUGAAUGAUCUUGAGAAUCAUCUGAAGAGGUUUGUGUAUAAGGAAAAUUUGGUGGCAUCUGUUGAUGAUUUGAAUGGACCCCAUAAAAUUACUAAGUUGGCGUCUCCAAAUACUGCUGCAGUGGAUUCGUCCACUAUUUUUCCUGUCAGGGGCAAUCUUUAUCCAGAUGGAUUAUAUUUCACAUAUAUGCUUGUUGGGAGUCCUCCACGACCUUACUAUCUUGAUAUUGAUACUGGAAGUGAUUUAACAUGGAUUCAGUGUGAUGCUCCUUGCACUAGCUGUGCCAAGGGUGCUAAUGCCUUGUACAAGCCAAGAAGAGGUAAUAUAGUACCUCCCAAGGACUUAUUAUGCAUGGAUGUCCAAAGAAAUCAAAAGGCAGGAUAUUGUGAAGCAUGCGAACAAUGUGACUACGAGAUUGAAUACGCUGAUCAUAGCUCCUCCAUGGGAGUUCUUGCCACAGACAAGCUUCAUUUAAUGGUUGCAAAUGGAUCACUGACCAAGUUAAACUUUGUUUUCGGGUGUGCAUAUGAUCAGCAAGGUUUGCUUUUAAAAACACUGGUGAAGACAGAUGGGAUACUUGGGCUAACUAGGGCUAAAGUUAGUCUACCUUCUCAAUUGACAAGCCAGGGUAUCAUUAACAAUGUCGUAGGUCAUUGCCUUACCACUGAUGUAGGUGGUGGUGGAUACAUGUUUUUAGGUGAUGAUUUUGUUCCACGUCGGGGUAUGGCAUGGGUCCCCAUGCUUGACAGUCCUUCCAUGGAAUUCUAUCAUACAGAGAUUGUAAAACUGCAUUAUGGAAGCAGUGCACUCAGUUUAGGGGGAGUGGAGAGCAGAGUGAAACACAUAUUGUUUGAUAGUGGCAGUUCCUACACAUACUUUCCAAAAGAAGCAUAUUCUGGACUGGUUGCUUCUGUAAGUAUUUUCUGGCAUGGCCAUGCACUUCUUUCAAAGCAUUGCCACCCAUUCUACUUAUCAUAUACCACAUUGAUGCAGCUUAAUGAAGUUUCUGGGGCAGGACUUAUCCAAGAUACAUCAGAUCCAACAUUGCCCAUAUGCUGGAGACCUAAUUCUCCUAUCAGAUCAGUUAAAGAUGUAGAGAAGUUCUUCAAGACCUUAACCCUUCAAUUUGGGACCAAAUGGUUGGUUAUCUCAACGAAGUUUCGGAUACCUCCAGAGGGUUACUUGGUGAUUAGCGACAAAGGCAAUGUGUGCUUGGGUAUUCUUGAUGGAAGCAAAGCUCAUGAUGGAUACACAAUUAUUCUCGGAGAUAUAUCAUUGAGGGGGCAAUUGGUGGUAUAUGAUAACGUGAACAAGAAGAUUGGCUGGACGCCCUCAGAUUGUGCCAAGCCAAAAAGAUUGGAUAGCCUGGAAUCCUUUGAUGGUCUGCCAUUCUUCGACGGUAAAAGAGCUUCAAGCUCCCACCUCCAACUUCUCAUGUACAAGUUCGUUGAAAGUGAUAAUAAAAGGAAGCUCACGUCAAAGGCCAUAUCCAAUCUACCUCCAAUGCAAUAG